AUGCAUGGGAUGUUCGCAAGGAUUUUGCCAGAGAUGGAGAGUUCCGGUAUAAACCGCGGCUGGAUAGACUGCGGGCGUUUCCAUGGAUCGCUGGAGAUGACGGAGAUCUUUGAAGAUCAUAUCAAAUUAACGGGGGCCGUUCAGAAUAGAGACUCGUGUCCUGAACUGUCUCCAGUGGUUUAUGACUGUGGCUCGCACUGCUUUCUGAAUCUGGUCACUCUGAUGCAGUUCCUGUUAUGUCAAGUUGUGGUCGCCAUCCUCCCACAGACCGGAGCGAACUUGGUGGCGAUUGUGAUCCUGUCCCGGGGAAAGUGCGGUCUCUCCAAAUGUAUCACUCUCUACCUUGUGGGAAUGGCAGCGGCCGAUCUCCUGGUCGUUAUUUCGAAUCCGCUGCUGAAGUGGACUGCUGAGAUUUAUUUUCCCCGAUCAUUCCUGUUCAUCACUGCUGUAUGCAGACUCGUCAGGUGGCUGAUGUUUGCGAGCACUGCGACCUCAGUCUGGCUGACUGUCGCUUUCACCGUCGAUCGAUUUGUGGCUAUUUGCUGUGAGAAGCUGAAAACAAAAUAUUGCACCGAGAGAACGGCGGCUGUGGUUAUCGGGACAGUGAGUGUGCUGGCCUGUUUGGAGACUGUUCCCUGGGGCUUUGUGUACGGGGCUGGAAAAACAAUUGAUGGUGUUUCCUGGUAUUGUGUUUUAACACCGAGCUUCACAAACUCUCCCUCAUGGGCCGCAUUUGAGAUUUUUCACCGCAUUUUCUACCCUUGCGUCCCUUUCAUUCUGAUGUUGCUGUUCAAUAUUCUGACUGUCAGGCGGAUUCUAGCGGCCAGUCGAGCCCGCAGGGGGCUCCGGGGACAAAAGAGUGGAGAGAAUGACAAGGACCGGGAGAUGGAGAACCGACGCAAAUCCAUCGUUUUGCUCUUCAGCAUCACCGGUAGUUUCAUAUUGUUGUGGGGAACACUGGUGGUAUUUUCUAUCUAUAGACGGAUUACAAACAGUUAUGUUCGUUCUGUCACGGAUCCCCGUUACGUCACAGACCAAACAUCGACAAUGCUGCAGGUUCUCAGUUCCUGCACCAACACGUGUAUUUACGUCCUGACUCAGAGCAAAUUCCGAGAGGAACUAAAGAAUGCGGUGAAAUACCCACUGAAUCUGAUUUUGAAACUCAUGAAACGUUAG